GAGAUUCAGGCUCCCGCAGGCUGCGGCGUUGUUAGUCCCCCGCCCCCUCGGCGAUGCGCAUGCCUGCUGGGUUGAUUUGCUCGUUGUAAGGCGGAGCGAAAGGACAGAUUUUCUUCUUCUUCCCGCCCCUUUUCUUUCCCCACCUGCCACGUACUGGGCCCGAGCGCUCGCUAGGCUUGGUGGGUCCGUGCGAUUGGCCGGGGCCCGCGCGAUCCUGCCAGCGAGGUGCAGCGGCCCCGGAGGGCAACCGAGUGGGUCGUGACAGCAGCCUUCCACCAACGCCCCAGAGCCCGGCGGUGGCGGCCUCUCACCGGUCGGAUCAGCAGAGACCCGCGGAGGGGCGGCAGCGGCGGCCUCGGGAAACCGUCUUUGUCUAGAGUUGUAUAUAUAGAACAUCCUGGAGUCCACCAUGAAUGGGCAGUUGGAUCUGAGUGGGAAGCUAAUCAUCAAAGCUCAACUUGGAGAGGAUAUUCGACGAAUUCCCAUUCAUAAUGAAGAUAUUACUUAUGAUGAAUUAGUGCUAAUGAUGCAGAGAGUCUUCAGAGGAAAACUUCUGAGUAGUGAUGAAGUUACAAUAAAAUAUAAAGAUGAAGAUGGAGAUCUUAUAACAAUUUUUGAUAGUUCUGACCUUUCCUUUGCAAUUCAGUGUAGUAGGAUACUGAAACUGACGUUAUUUGUUAAUGGCCAACCAAGACCCCUUGAAUCAAGUCAGGUGAAAUAUCUUCGUCGAGAACUGAUAGAACUUCGAAAUAAAGUGAAUCGCUUAUUGGAUAGCUUGGAACCACCUGGAGAACCGGGACCAUCCACCAACAUUCCUGAAAAUGAUACUGUGGAUAGUAGGGAAGAAAAGCCUGCUGCUUCUGAUUCUUCUGGGAAACAGUCUACUCAGGUUAUGGCAGCAAGUAUGUCAGCUUUUGAUCCUUUAAAAAACCAAGAUGAAAUCAAUAAAAAUGUCAUGUCAGCAUUUGGCUUAACAGAUGAUCAGGUUUCAGGGCCACCCAGUGCUCCUGCCGAAGACCGUUCAGGAACUCCCGACAGCAUUGCUUCCUCCUCCUCUGCAGCUCACCCACCAGGAGUUCAGCCACAGCAGCCACCAUAUACAGGAGCUCAGACUCAAGCAGGUCAGAGUGAAGGUCAGAUGUACCAGCAGUACCCGCAGCAGGCUGGCUAUGGCACUCAGCCACAGGUGCCCCCCCAGCCGACGCAGCAGUACGGUAUUCAGUAUGCAGCAGGCUACAGUCAGCAGACUGGACCCCAGCAACCUCAGCAGUUCCAGGGAUAUGGCCAGCAGCCAGCUUCCCAGGCACCGGCUCCUGCCUUCUCUGGUCAGCCUCAGCAACUUGCUGCUCAGCCGCCACAGCAGUACCAGGCGAGCAGUUACCCUCCACAGACCUACACUACCCAAACUUCUCAGCCCACUAAUUACACUGUGGCCCCUGCCUCACAACCUGGAAUGGCUCCAAGCCAACCCGGGGCCUAUCAACCAAGACCAGGUUUCACUCCACCUCCUGGGAGUACCAUGACCCCUCUUCCGAGUGGGUCUAACCCUUAUGCACGUAGCCGUCCUCCCUUUGGUCAGGGCUAUACCCAACCUGGACCAGGUUAUCGAUCCUCCCCUGCUUAA